AGUCUCAAGACACUUGUUUAGGAAAAAGUUAUAUAAUUUGCAUAUUUUCCCCUCAGCUGGUGGGGAAAGUUCCAGUAAGUAUAUGAGGAAAGUAACAGAUUCUUGCCUAAGGAGCAUUCCAGCAAAGAAUAAUCAUUUUGGCUUGCUCAGUAAACUUUGAAUCAGUCAACUGUUAAUAUUGUCCUCUGCUCAGUUGAGUAAGUGGAGGCAUAGAGAAGCAGGUAACUUCUUAACAGGAGACACAGGGAAUAAGAGUCACUGAUGGAGAAAAAACUCCAGACGUGUUCAGACUCAAAUUUGGAUUAACCUACAUUUGGAAAGUUCCCAGUCUUUCAGUUAUUCAGACAUGCAGGUGUGGGGAGAAGUUGAUCCACUGUAGAGUUAGAGAUUGCCUGUUAUGUUCAUAGACAGAUCUAGGGUCAGAUUUUGACCCAAAACUUAGGAAUGUUCUUAGAAGUAAUUGAUUUCACAGUUGAUCACCCUUCAAGCAUAAAAUGUGUUUCCUUGCCAGAGAGGAUGUUUGAUUACUGCUCAGUGCUAACCCACCUGAAAGUGUACCCUCGGUCUGCCUGUUUAGCCUUUGUUAAACAAAAUUCUCAUGUAGCCAAAUUUAACUGUGCACUGUAAUCAUACUUCUUGGGGGCAAAAAGCUUCAGCUUAAAACCAACUGAAAUAAAUUAAGAACUUGAGGAGUAAAUAUUCUUACUGCCGACUCACGCCGAGGGUGUUCUAGUGUCCCCAGCCACACAGAGACCUGAAUGUUUUAGGGACCUGCAGCUGCUAUGGAUGUUUUCUUUUGAAGGACCUGGACUUGAAGAGUGCACCUCAGAUCAGGAGGUGCUGGGGGCUUUGUAAUUGUUUGCUGUUGUUACUUUGCUGCCACAUUACCCUUCCCCAUAGACGGUGACACUAAAACAACCCUUAAGAGUGAUUUACGUUUUGUAGACGCAAGCAAAAGAUGCUGCAACACACUCCUGAAACCCUGUGUCAUAUCACUGUCCCACCCAGGCUUCCUUUUUGGCUAGGAGCAAAAUGCUUGUGCUCAAAUUGUUGUCAAAGGGACUGCCCAAAUUUCACUUGAUAUCGGGGGAGUAAUGUGCUUAAAUAUCUGUGGCAAGAGUUGUUUAGCUCCCUUAAGCCCUCAUUUCAUAUAUCCAAAAUGAGGAUAAUUCUUUGGCAUGUAGUGGAUUAGAUAUGCUGAUGUGAGUUAUUAGUGUGAAAUUCAUCUUGUUUAACUUCAGCCAUUUAUAUGUUAGAUAAUUGCCUAUGCCAGUUGUACAGGUGACUCCUAAUAGACAGUAAAGGGACCAUAUGCACCCUCUGAGGGUCCACUUGUCACCACAAUUGUUUUAUGAAGGAACGAACUGCUGUUUGGCAAAGUCUUUCCUUUACCCUUUAGGGAUCCAGAUUAACUUAGAGAAGCUGCCUAAUGUUUUAGUUGGCUGACACAGAAAUCCUUCCAUUAGACAUAGUUAUGGGGGCCAGAGAAAACCUUUAGAUAUGAUAAUUGGCAGCAAAGGGAAAAUAUUAAAUUAUCAAUGAUGGAGUCUAAGUGCAAAUUAAUUACAUUUUCUAAAGCCAGAGGUAAAUUCUAUGAUUUAAUGUCCUUGUUUGUCUCGACAGCCCUGAGAAUGAAUUUGUUCUGUGUCUCAUACAGUUGCUGCCUUCACGUAGACUGAAAUCACCUUUUUCCUCUGCUCGUUGAGAUUAGAAUGAAAAAGUGAAGGUCACUUUUGUUGUACGUUUUCACUGUUUUAAGCUUUUGCUGUUGAAUUUAUGGGUUGAGAAUGUAGCUGACAAAGGUUAAACUUUAAGCACAUAUCCAAGGAAGAGGGGGAAUGAGAUCACCUUUCUGAACAGUCCUCAAGUUUUAUUUUCCUGACACACUUUUAAUAUGUUCAUGUUAAUGCACAGUUUGAGCAAAAAUAAAAUGUUCCUGUGCAACACACUAUUCCAAGAAAUUUACCAGUAUUUAACUUCUAACACCCCUGUUUAUUUUGCAAAAAUGUUGUGGCUUCAGCUGUCAUUUGCAUUCAUUUUGUCCUUUUCUGCAAUAAUGUAUUUACUGUCAUUACCAGAAUAGACAGUGUGUGAAAUGCUGGGAUGCCACACUCUGUGCAUCAUAAGCUGCACGUGUGUACCUUUGGCAUGGGCGAGCUACAGCAGACUUGCUCCUUAGCCUCGUGAAUAGAUGCGAAGGGGAGAAACUUUACCGUUCUUUUCCUGCCUCCUUAAAUCUUACAUGCCUUCUUCAGAGGCUCUUUUACAAGCCCUGCUUAAGCUACCCCCAAGUAGAUCAAAGAGGCAGAAGAAUUACACCCUUCUUCAGGCAGGAUGACAAAGGAAUUCUCCCUUCAACAAAUCUUUCGUGCUCCCACAUACAACUGAAGUGUGUUGAUUUGCUUCAGCAGGAGAAAAAUUCCCUCCUGUGUAAGCACACUGCAAGUACAUCACAGACUGUCUAGAGGAGAUUAUAUAAAGCAAGUUAUAUAAUACAGCACUUAAAGUCCUUUCAGUUUAAAUCAGCAAAGGUAACCCAACUAUGUCUUAGCUAAUAUUUACCAGGAUAUGUUUCCUGUUAGGCCCAAAUAAACACAGUAUUGCUGGCUGCCUUGCAUGUGAAAUUCCUUGUUGCAGCAGUUAGCAAAGUUGCCGCUGUCCCCAGGCAUAGUAUGUUUAUCGGAAGUGCAUUGCACUGCUUGUAUGCUUAAACAGUGGGGCAUUUACUAAUAAAACUACUCAAUGAAUAAAGAUGACACGUCAAGGUUAGCUAUGAAAACAAUGUCUCCGCUCCCCUGUUCCAGUCUUGUAUUUCACAGUGAUCACUAAAGUAAGCAGAAACUUUUUAGAUUUCUGUUCUCAAAUUCCUGAUCUUUCCUAGCUAAUCUAGCAGUCCCUCUACCCAGAAUAUUUGAUAAAUGCCCAGAAAAUUAGUUCUGAAAAGAUGCGUUUCUACCUUCUCCUUUUUCUGCAUUUCUGCAAGUAGGUAAUAACAAUCAUUAGAGUUCCUGAUUGCUACAUUCCAGCUGGAGUUCCUUUGCUCACCCAGAAAUGUCACUGAGCAGUCCUCUGCUCUUACUUGUUUUCAAUUGUUUUGUUCUGAAAAAUUUUGAAGGAGGGGGGAUAACGACCAGGCGCUUUAAUUGUUCUUUGGGUAAAUCCUUUGUGCAACACUUUGUGCAGAGCACAUUAAUCCAGGGAAAUGGCUUUAAUCUCAGCCACGUGCAGCGCUUGAGGAGAUCAGUGAGUGAAGGAAGAAGGUGUUUAACAUUUGGGGGCCUGACAAGAACAAAGUUCCGUCACCUGCUAUUUCACUGAAGUUCUUGUGGCUUCACAUGUGUUUCUUCCCUCACAGCAAUGGAUGUAUGAGCAAAGUUGGCAGAACUGAAUCAUUAGAAGGAGACAGCAUAAAUGAAAAGCAGCCCACUGAACCCGUAGCUUUUGUUAGAAAUACAUCUUUGUUAGGGAUUCAGAUGACGUUCUAAGAAGCUUAGGUAGAAGAAAGGGGGAUACAGAGUUAAAGGAUUAUUUUUUUCAGUCCUGAUGAGGUCUUUUCAAAAUUCAGGUCGUCUUUCAGUCCUUUCUGUUUUUUGUUGAACUUUCUCUGAACAAAGUAUGUGAAAUAUCCAAUUCCUAAUACCUUAUAAAAUCCUUUUUUAUUAGAAAAGCAAACCAUAACACUUAGUCUUAUGGUAUAUUAUCUGCUGGCUGCUUUACUAUUGAGACCUUUGGAGAGUAUAGCUCAUUUGCUCUUCACUAGCUGCCCUGGGUAGAGCAGGAAUAUGCCUGUUGUGAUGGGAUGACAGUUGCAGCAUCCUGUCUCCCUGUCUUGCUGCUUACAUCAAAAUUAUAUCAGAAUCAAGGCCUGCCAAAAAGAACUAGCCCUCUACUGAAUCAAUUGUAAGUAUAGCAAGAAUAUAAGUUUGCCUGAAGCAGCCAGUUAGCUCUAGGUGUAUGUUUUAAAAAAAUCUGAUUUACACCAUCCUUUGUGCCCCCUGUAUCUUUGAUGGGCAUGUUGGCAAAGGGACCAGGCCUGCUGGUACUGGCAAGCUGACACAGGUAACCUUUCUUGGACCUGGCAAUGUUGCCAUUAAGUGUUUAUUCCUGAUAGCAGAUCUGAGCACUGAAACAGUGGCUAUACCUCCAAAGCCUUGCCUAAAAUGCCAUUUCCAUCUGGGAAAUGUGAUCCUUCGGUCCAGCUCAGCAUGCUAAUCUGGGAGUCUUGUCACAGCUCCAGUCCAAGUGACUACUUCUUGCCAACCUGAAGUCCAACUGGAGUUUCUAGUGGAUACACCAAAGGAUCUUACCACCUGCCUUGCCCUCUUUCCUGCUGAGUAGAAUUACUGCAAGAUGUUAAAACUGCCCUUUUCCAGUGCAAUGAUGGCCAUUUUUCAGCAAGAAAGGCAAAGUAGUACCUGCCUACCUGUGGGUUGUGCAUUAAUUUAUGAUAUCCACUGUGAAUAUGAAAUAUCUUUAGAACAGAUAUCUUUCAUUUCAGAUUCCUGUAAGCACACAGGUAUGAUCUAGCCAGCUUUAUGUGAGUACCUAAUGAAGAAGUCCUCUUAAGUGCCUAACUUUCCUCCUUUAGAUAGGACGGGAGGGAGGUUUCAUCCUUCUGCCUUUUAAACUGGGUGAACCAGGUUUGUCCCAGCCACCCCAACAGUGAUAUAUAAAAAGGGCAUGUGCUAUCCCCUCCCUUGCUGAUUUUUAAGGGAAGGAAACAUGUAUGCUCUGACAUAUAUGGAAUGUAUGGACUCUAUAGGGGCCAUUGGUUACUUAAGGGAAUAAGUCACUUCAGGAAGACUGCUGUAAUACCCUGCCAGCCUAUAGCAGGGAGUUUCCAAACCUCUGCCUGAAAAUUGGGUCUUCCUUCUCAUUAUGCUUUGUAUAUGUUUUGUAGAGUUUGCUACCUGAUGUGGUCUGCUGCCGAGCAGCCCCAGUGUCACUUCAGUGCACCUUGGAGUCACCCUUCCAAUAAGGUUUCGGUGAUAACAAACAGUAGCUAAUUUGCAGCCAGGAAUAUUGCUCACACAAUGCUGUAUAUACAUGGCUUGAAAAGAUAGGCUGCAGUUUCCCCUCACAUAGCUGACUUGAAGAAAUAAUUCAUUCAUGAGAACACAGGCAAAUGAAUAAGUGAAGGAACAGGCACCACAGCAGUGGAGACUCGAGCAAAUCAUGUUUUCUGAAAGCUUAGGAGAGUUUGGGGUCCUCAAAGGUUAAAAUACUUACUGGAGGUGUAUAAGUAAAAGAUUUACAGCAAUAAAGCCGUUACUGUCAUUGUUAGCAAUUAAUAAUAUUGUUAUUAGUGCUGCAUACAAAAUUAAUCCAUGACUACAGUUACUGGGGGAAAGAGUCUAAAGACUUUGGCUGACUGAAGAGCAAAUGACAUCUCAUAUAUGCAAACACCAUUAAUGCUUUGGUAAAUUUACAGAAGUAGCAUUUUAUCCUGCCCUAUGUGCCGCAGGGGCAAGAGGCCAGCCCUGGCCCAUGGUCAUCCCUUUCCACCACUUGCUAGAAACAUGGCAUUUGUAAAAGAGCUCUGUCUAGACAAAAAGGUUUGCCAGCACUCUCCAGCAAUGAGCACUUCAUAGGGACUAAAGAAAACUUCAUUAUUUGAUAUUUUUCCAGUGCCAAACUAAUUCCACAGCUAGACUGUAUCUCCCAUAGCACCUUCUACUGUGACAGAGAAUGCCCAUGCAGCAGAUGAUCCGCUUCACCUUCAGAGUGCACCAUGAGGUGUGCAGUCAUGCUGGGUAUCUUGCCUCUAGGGAACAGCGAACUGGGAGCUAAGCUGUCUGUACUAUGCAGCAGGAUUUCCCCACAGAACUAUAUCUAUUUUCAGACGAUUAGGUUUCCACUGAAAAUAUUAAAUUUUCAAUAGGAAGUUGUUCUCUGGGAGAAAUUACUUCUCAAGCAAAUUGUAUCUUUUGGGAUUUUUCUUUGGUCAAAAAAACCCAAACAAGAAUUCUCAUUGCUAUGGAUUUCUAUGUAAUGUGUUGUUGUGGUUGCAAGAGAAAAAAAUUAGGGAUUUAAUUCAAUAAUGUUAUGCCAAUUUUGUAUCUGCUUUAAGAGAAUUCAUUUUGAUUUGCUGAGAAGUCUUGAAAAUAACAUAUUUUGCUUUUUGUUGAAGCUUUCUAAAGGAGAAGGACAGGUUUUGUCUAGUCACUUUUCCUCUCUGUUGCUAGAAAAAGGCAUUACACUCUAAAUGUGUGGGAAAGGCAGGCUGUAAUAGGUUCUCACCUGCAUGGCUGAGAGCAGAAGCUCUUUAUAACCAGAACUAUAUUGCAGGAAGAUGUGGGCUGGGGAGGCAAUACUGCAUAAACACCAACCAUAAAAGCCACAGGGAAAAUGGACGGUGUCAUGUGAGCCAAUUCUGUGUGUUCUCUUGUUUUGUUGUUCUUUGCUGAAGUAUUUAAGGGGUUGAAUCAUUAACUCGCAAUUUGUUUCUACAGAUUGGCAAUGUCAAGUCUCAGUCACCAGCAAGGUGCGGCAAAAGGGCUUUCUGCAGGAGCCCCCAUGGCUGAGAGGCAGCUGACUCAGGCAUCAGCGACACAGCUAGGAGACAGCCAUUACCCAAGGCAAAACCACCUCUGAAUACCGUGACAGUUCUGACCCUGCUUCGGCAUCUAAUCUCAAGGCAGAGGGAAGAAGGAAGGAGACAGCCCAGGCAUCAGAAGACGAUCCCAGCGCUCUGGUGAUGGCAUGGAUCGGACACUUUUCCAGCAGCUGUUUUACCUACCUCUCAGCCCUGUCACCGUCCAGUCUCCCCGAAGUGCCAAGGCACAAGACUGAUGCACAGCUGCUCUUAGCAACCCAGCCAUGGCCGGAGAUUCUAGGAUCUUCAUGAACCAGGACAUGGACAUCGGAGUUACAUCCAGAGACCCUAAGAAGAUUCCCAAACAGGCUCGGGAUGAUGUCCCCAUUGCCACUGACCGAACCCGCCUCAUAUCAGCAGAAGGUAAGAAGCCACGUCAGCGUUACAUGGAGAAAAGUGGCAAGUGCAAUGUUCACCAUGGAAAUGUCCAAGAAACCUAUCGAUACCUUAGUGACCUCUUCACUACUCUGGUGGACCUCAAGUGGCGGUUUAAUCUUCUUGUCUUCACUAUGGUCUAUACUAUCACUUGGUUGUUUUUUGGGUUCAUAUGGUGGCUUAUUGCCUAUAUCCGGGGAGACCUGGACCAUCUUGAAGAUGAGAACUGGAUUCCCUGUGUUGAAAAUCUCAGUGGAUUUGUUUCUGCAUUUCUGUUUUCUAUCGAGACUGAGACAACAAUUGGGUAUGGCUAUAGGGUCAUAACGGAGAAGUGCCCAGAAGGCAUCGUACUGCUCCUGAUCCAGGCUAUUCUGGGCUCCAUUGUCAAUGCGUUCAUGGUGGGAUGUAUGUUUGUCAAGAUCAGCCAACCAAAGAAGAGGGCUGAAACCCUCAUGUUUUCUAACAACGCAGUGAUUUCCAUGAGGGAUGAGAAGCUCUGUCUCAUGUUCCGGGUUGGAGACCUCCGAAAUUCCCACAUUGUUGAGGCUUCCAUUAGAGCCAAACUGAUUAAGUCCAAACAGACCAAAGAAGGAGAGUUCAUCCCCUUGAACCAAACAGACAUCAACGUGGGAUUUGACACUGGAGAUGACAGAUUGUUCCUGGUGUCACCUCUUAUCAUCUCGCAUGAAAUCAAUGAGAAAAGCCCCUUCUGGGAGAUGUCCCGCACCCAACUAGAGAAGGAGGAGUUUGAAAUUGUGGUCAUCCUGGAAGGAAUGGUGGAAGCAACAGGGAUGACUUGCCAAGCUCGCAGUUCUUACAUGGACACCGAGGUGCUGUGGGGACAUCGCUUCACUCCUGUCCUCACUCUGGAGAAGGAUUUUUACGAAGUCGACUAUAACAGCUUCCAUAGCACUUACGAGACCAACACUCCUGUGUGCUGUGCCAAAGAGCUGGCCGAAUCUCGCCGGGAAGGCCAGCUCCUCAGCCACCUCUCCAGUGCCACCCUCCUGAGCGGAGGCAGAGAAGCAGUGAUGGCAAAAGAGGAAGAAGAAGAAGAAGAGGAAGAAAAUAGGGAACCAGCAGGAUUGAAUGGAGCCAAUGGGACAGCAGGAGAGGUGAAAGAAGAUAUACCUGUAUAACACGUGAACUGCUGGACAGUAGAUACCCACAUACACAUACUGGGAGGCUGUGGCCUGGCGAGUCAGGAACUGACUGGGAGUCAGAGAGCAGAAAUUUAUGUACAGAUCUCUGCUGCCUGCCGCUUGGUCCUGGCGAGUCACUGCACAGCACUGUGCCUCAGUUUCCCUACCCUUUUAGCUGUACAGUGAGGUUCUGAGCUUUGCACUUGCUUGCAAAGCAUUUUGAUCUCUGUGGACAAGGCUCACUAAAUAUAAUCACUGUUAAAAUUGAAAUUCCCACUACUGGUUGUUUCAAAAGAUGUUCAUUGGACGUUCAGAACCUUUCCCCCUCGAGAGAGUAUUUAAAAAGUAAAAGUCCAGAAUGUCCCUUCUCAGUAUGAAGAAUGUGGUUUCAUACCUUCACUUAAUUUGUGAGUCAAUGUAUUGUAGACAUUGUUACUGCUAAAUUAAAAGAAGAGGAAAAAAA